CAAGAGAUCAAACAUACAACCGAUUAUUUUAAAAAUUAAAAAAAAAUACUCUGUAGUUGGGAUUAUUUUGACUUAACCUAUAGAGUAUCGAAAAUUCAGAGAGCAUACGAUCCAAGUUUACCCCAUAGAGGCUCUUGUCUGCUAGGCAAAAAAGCACGAAAGCAACAGGAGAUUGAAGUGGAGAGGAGGAGAGAGAGAGAAGGAGAAGGUGCGCCAAAAGGGGAACCCCCAACCCCAUGUACAGAAUAACUUCCUUAUCAGUCUUCUCUUUUCUCUAUUUCUUUCUCUCUCUUCUCACUCUUUUCACCCCAACAAAGAAAUUCAAUUCAAUUGAGACUCAACAAGAUGCCUAGACCAGGCCCAAGACCAUAUGAGUGUGUUCGAAGAGCUUGGCAUAGUGAUAGACAUCAACCCAUCAGAGGUUCAAUCAUUCAACAGAUUUUCAGAGUUGUCACUGAAGCUCAUAGCUCUGUUACUAGAAAGAAUAGAGAAUGGCAAGAGAAGUUGCCUCGUGUUGUGCUGAAAGCUGAAGAAAUCAUGUAUUCUAAAGCUAAUUCUGAGGCUGAGUAUGUGGAUCCUGAAACACUUUGGGAGCGCCUUAAUGAAGCUAUUGAUACUAUAAUUAGAAGAGAUGAAAGUACUGAAACUGGUCAAUUUCUUCAGCCAUGUAUUGAAGCUGCCCUUGUUCUGGGAUGUCAUCCUGUUAGAGCAUCACGUAGCCAGCGGAACAGUAAUCCAAGGAGUUAUCUCAACCCAAGAUUCCAAGAACCUGCUCAGGCAGCUCCAGCUGUUCCCGAUGAAACUAGUUACCCCAGACCACCCCCUCAGCCACCAAACCUCGUGGGAAGUCCGUUGAGUAUUUCAAGGUCAACAAUGGGAAACCAGGCUAGUACAUCUUCGCUUUCUAGCAGCCAAAUGGCGCCCAAUACUAGCUACAUUGCUACUCACCCUAAUCCCUAUCCUCAAUUCAGCUUCCCAAGACCUAUGCCCUCCGUGACUAUUGAACCGAACUCCUUGUUGAAUUUUGGUUCUAUUUAUCCAUUGUACUAUGGUAGUAAUUUUCAAAAUGUUGACCCCCAGACUGGGUUCCGGUCACCUCAAAGUUCAAAUUCUAGGAAUGUAAUUGUUGGCACACCAGUGGGUUGGCAUGGAACACAGCCUCCUUGUUUUACCAGCACGAGGAAUCUAUUACCUGGUGGGAGUGUAGAAACUGCAGCAGAUAAACAUGGGCAAGAAAAUUCAGUUGACUACCGUGGAAAGGCAGCUGAAAUGGACUGUGAUUUGUCUUUACGAUUGGGUCCUUCCUGCCCUGGUCCAAGUGUGGAAAAAGGUCUUGGUCAUCUGACCAGCGAUGGUGGUUCAAGUAGUCAUCGAGAGAUCAGCAUGUAUUCAGAGCCAUGUUCUAAGAAUCUCGAGUUUUGUUUCUUCCCCAGGCAAAGUGGGAAUGAUCUCUCUGAAUCACGUGACAACAGACCGGAACAGGAGGGUCAGGUUCUUGAAAGAAAUGCAAUUCUAAGAAAGCGUAAAGCCCCAGAUCAUAUUGAGUUAGAUGAUGAGCGUGCUCAAUGGCUUCCGGAGUUCCAACCUAACCAGUUUCAUGGUCAAUAUAGAUGGCCAGAAAACAAUUCACAAAUGAAACUAGAGCUCCCUUGCACUAAGGAGAAAUGCAACAAGGUGAUUGAUACUGUUUUUGUAGGAUGUGAGGAAAUUGUUGUUAGCGAAAGCUAUAUUCCCGGACAAGCAGUUGUGCUAUAUUAAAAGAAGCAACAGUAAAGCUUGCAUUCAGUGAAUCAUUGGUACUUAACUGGUUAUUUGCUCUGCUCAUUCUAAGAUCAUACACUCCCAGCCCCUAAUCACAGAAAGAGGGUGUGAGAGGGAGGGCUGUAUGGAGAUAAAAUUGUAAGUUUACUAUCUGCACCUGGGCGUUGUGGUAAUCAUGUAUGUUGCUUAAGGAGUUUGAAAUUUUGUACAAUCGGCCUGUCCAGUAUUUGACAGUACAAGGUUUUGUUGGCUGCGUAUCUAAUUGUUGAACGGGCAGAGAGUUUAACAGAAGAAGAAAGAAGAUGAUUCCAUUUUCUGGUCCAAGAUCAUAAGCUAUGGUUCAUGCUUGCCAAAGUAUGCAGGGCAGGCAGCAAAAUUUUGUUUAGUUGUUGAGACUAGUUCUUAGAGCAUUAUGCCAGACUACAUUGUUGCAUUAACAGAUGAGAAUUGACAACAUACUUGUGUCCUUGUAUGUGGGAAAAAUGCUGAAGAAUAGACUGAAUAAGCGGCUGUCAUCGGUAAAGCUAAAGGAUUGUCUUUGCCUGGCAAACAUUGCUUUCAAUUACAGCAGAAACUGAUACUUGCCAAACAACGAUCCCCAUUCGGCACAGUUAUGUCAAAUUUCGGAUUCAAUGACUCGCUUUAUAUUUUGUAAGUCUCCACACGUUGUAGUAUGCCUAAAUUUCUUACAGGUUCGGCCAUUAGCUGCAUGGCUUUGGCUGCAUCUACUGAUGUAGAGGUGGACUAUCUUUUAGAACAAAGGAGAUAAGCAUUCUGUUGCAUUGCUGCAGUAUAAUGUUUGUUGAUAACAUUCAAUCAUGUUAUUUCAACAUGAAUAUCAUUUAACCCUAUAUAUAUCUCUGACAUAUAGAGGACUUAUAGGUCAUUAUAGCUGUUGAAUUUUGAGUCUAAUUGUAGUAGAAUUUCCUGUGUAGUGGCCCAAAUAUACUGUAAUGGUCACAAUAUGCUUCCAAAACAUAUGUUAUCCAGGUAUAUAUGUUAGCAUGUUUUCUUGUUGCUUUAA